AAAGAAUCAACAGAACACACCACGCCCAGGCAAAAACAGAAAACAAGUCGAAUCAACAACACACUGCAUCUAUGGGAAUUUUUAUUCGAGCUUCUUGAAGACGAGAGGUACACGGCGCUAAUAGCAUGGACAAGGAAAGACAAGGGCGAGUUCAAAAUCAAAAGACAAGAAGACGUGGCUAGAAAAUGGGGGAGGUUAAAGCAACGAACCAGCAUGAACUACGAUAAAUUGAGUCGAGCGCUGAGAUAUUACUAUCACAAAGGGAUUAUUAAAAAGGUGACUUCAAGAAUCUUUAUCAGAAAACAAUGUUCCUUAAAGUUCUUUUAACACCGAGAAUUUUCCUUAUCUAGAAGUCUUUUGAUUUUUUUCAAGUUUCCAACAAAAGUUCAACCUCGUCCCCAGGGCGCUUUUCCCUGGCUUAGGAAAGCCAGGGAAAAGCGCCCUGGGGACGAGGUUGUUUUACAAAGCAUUGAUAUCUCAAGGAGAAAUUUGAUGCUGAUCUCUCUUAGGGCUUAAGGGGUUAAGUUCACGUAGGGCUGGAAUAGUAGUGCCUAGAUUCCUUGAGUCCUUGAUAAGUGCCAAUCGACUCUCAAGUGUGAUGUCGAAUGUCAGUUUGUUAGCUUUGCUUAUUUCCCCCAGAGACUAUUUCAACGUUCGUUUAUUUUCAGGUUCCUGGCCAAAGACUUGCUUAUAAGUUCGACAAGCUGCCUUAUUCGUACAAACCAAUUAGGUAUAACUGGCCUUGGAACCCCCCCGGCGAAGAUGACGACAUCAAGCCAGAUAGGCAAGUCCUUGACACGUCCCCUGCUACUAAGGCAGCAAGUUGGCCCCUUUUUCUGGAAUGGAAUGAUCUGGAAAAGCACGUCAAACGAGAAAAGCUUGAUAUCGUCACAUCCCCAGCUUACAAGAAAACGUUUUGUCCAAUGACGCCGACAUGGGAAGUUGCUGAGGCAGACGGGGAAGUCAAACCUGUUAAACAGGUUCCAUCACCUCCUCUACACUUUACAGAGAAUACCCCCAAGGUGCCUUCACACGCAUUGUUUCGAGAAAAACAAGAUGACAAACUAGCUAGACAGAAAAAAAUUCCCCCGCUGGUUUCCAUAAAACCGCACUUACAUACAAUGCCAACGUGGAAGAAUGCUAAAAGAGACCAAAGCUUCAAACCAGUUGCUAAACAGGGCAAAAUACCACCUUUAAUUCCAGUUAAAACCCAUUCGCCGGCGUUACCUAGGAAUAGGGUGCCCAUUUCUCUGCAAUGCCAUCACAGAAAUCGUGAUUACGAAUUUAGUCACUUCGGUUAUCCUUCCCAGCAUCCUUCGCAAGGGGUAUGCCGCAGUCAGAUUAUUUUCCCGCCUUGCAGUUGUAGUUGCAUGAGAUCAAUGGCGUGUGGUAUGUACCUGGUUCCGGAUGUGCCACCGCAAGUGCCAGGAAAUGUUCUAAUGAGAUUUGCAUAG